GCUCCUUCAUGAUGGUGAACAGCUCUGGGCGGGCGUCAGGGCAGAAAGCUCACUUGCUGCUGCCCACGCUGAAGGAAAACGACACACACUGCAUCGACUUCCACUAUUACUUAUCCAGCAGGGACCGUUCCAGCCCCGGAUCUCUGAAUGUCUACGUGAAGGUGAACGGAGGACCACAAGGCAAUCCCAUAUGGAAUGUCUCGGGGGUUGUUACAGAAGGAUGGGUGAAAGCAGAACUUGCCAUCAGUACGUUCUGGCCACAUUUUUAUCAGGUGAUAUUUGAAUCUGUCUCUUUGAAAGGACACCCAGGGUACAUAGCUGUGGAUGAAGUCAGAGUUCUCGCCCAUCCAUGCAGAAAAGCACCUCAUUUCCUACGGCUGCAGAACGUGGAGGUUAAUGUGGGACAGAACGCGACAUUCCAGUGCAUUGCUGGGGGAAAGUGGUCACAGCAUGACAAACUUUGGCUCCAGCAGUGGAACGGAAGGGACACAGCGUUAAUGGUCACGCGAGUGGUCAACCACAGGCGCUUUUCUGCUACUGUCAGUGUGGCUGACACCUCUCAACGCAGCAUCAGCAAGUACCGGUGUGUCAUUCGUUCGGAUGGUGGAUCUGGAGUUUCGAAUUAUGCAGAGUUAAUCGUGAAAG